AUGGACGCACCGCGACGGCGUGCAGCGAGUGUGAGUGGUGCAUGCAGGUUGAGAUCCGGAGCGUUGAACAAGUUGAUUCGGACUGCGGACGAAAUCGUGUCUGUGCGCGUGUGGUCUAUGGACGUUCCGGCUCGAAAGGUGAAGGUGAAGUGGAAGGCAGACGGACUCGCCUCAGGUGGGGAGUGGUGGGUCACUGCUUCCGUUCGAAAUGGUGUCAUGCACGGCACUAGGGAAUGUAAAUGCACGCAGUGUGAGCCCAUCGAGGAUGAUGUCAAACAUGGAAUGGGUAGAGAAGGAGAGUGGGCGGGGGGUCGGAGAGAGGAUUGCGCCUUGAGAGUGGUGGUACAUGGACGUUGUCGCAAGCGUGCUCGUGUGUGCUCAUCGAUUGUUGCUUGCGUUGCUGAGCGGCAAGAAGACGGUGUAGCCAGCUGGGUCGUGUCGUCACAGGAUCUGAGGCUCAACACGGGCAUCGCAACAGCAGAUUGGAGAGACAAUACAGCGAUGUUUAUUGUCUAG